CUGUCCAAUGCUAGAGGUUGUCGAGGUCGGAUAGCUGUGUGAAAUAUUCACUGCUUAUUUUGAAACAAUUACAAGAUGACUUUUGUGGCUUUACUUACGCGGUACAUUCGUCAGUUGUGUCUUAAGUAUGAAACAUGGCUGCUUGUCAUUUUAUUCGUUUUAAUUUAUAGCUACAUUUUUCACACUGAUAGACUACGUUCUGUUAUUCGCGGUGCCCAGGAGCAGUUGCACUUACGAGGCGAUCGCCGAGAGGAAUACGAUACCAUCGAUGCCACGGACACCAGUACACCUAAAACACCGUCACACUGGGAUAUACGACAAAACAAUGUUGCACUGUAUGCUAUUCAGGGGCGAAGGCCUCGUAUGGAGGACCGAUAUGAUAUCGUCCAUGAUGCGGAACACACAGGGCUUUCUAUGUACGGCAUAUUUGACGGUCAUGGCGGAGAGUUUGCAUCAGAUUUUGUUGAAAAAAUACUUUCCAAAUCUGUGUUGGCACGGGAGAUGGAAAACACCAUGAAUAAAGGGAUACACGGCCACUCACAAAUAUUAACAGAAGAAAUCCUUUCUACAGACCACCAGUUACUGAGUGUAGCCAAGAUUAGCAACGAUGUAGCAGGAACUACUUGUCUCUUUGCCAUGUUGGAUGACAAAAACAAAAAUUUGAUUGUUGCAAAUGUUGGGGACUCAAGAGGAGUGUUAUGUGACCACGAUGGGAAAGCUAUUCCACUGUCAUACGACCAUAAACCACACCAGUUAAAAGAAAGAAAAAGAAUUAAACGAGCUGGUGGAUUUAUUAGCUACAAUGGAGUGUGGAGAGUGGCAGGAAUUCUAGCAACAUCAAGAGCACUUGGUGAUUAUCCUCUCAAAGAAAAAAACUUUUUAAUAGCAGACCCUGAUAUCCUAACCUUUGACCUUGACGAAUUAAAUCCACAGUUUAUGAUACUUGCCACAGAUGGAUUAUGGGAUGCCUUCAGUAAUGAAGAAGCAGUUAUGUACAUCAAAGAGAGGCUAGAUGAGCCUCAUUUUGGUGCUAAAAGUCUGGUGCUUCAAGCAUAUUACAGAGGUUCACUAGAUAAUAUUACAGUCAUGGUAGUGAACUUUUUGAAGACAAAUGGCAAGAAUUGGGUCAAAGAAGAGCGGAAGUUGUAA